GUAAAUUAUUAUCUACACAAUAAAUUGGUUUGCACAUUGCUAUAAGAUUUAUUUUUGAACUAAUGUUUUGCGUGCAUCUAAUAAACUUUAAAUACGUAUGUUCAAAUAUAUGCAACCAACAACACAUCUCCUAAUGACAUGAAUGCAACCACAACCAUGAGCAGCAACAGUAUUUCAUUCAAUCCUGUUUUGAUUUUUUUAUAUUAGUCAUUUAUACAUAAUUAACACUAAUAAAAACAUUGCAAACAAUACAUAUAAUGAAUUUCAAAUUUCUUGUUUGUUCAUUUGAACUCAAUAAAUCUAACAAGAGUGAAUAUUUUUGCGUUUUGGCGCGCGUUUGAUUGCGUCAAUAAUUUUAACCCUAAAACUCUGCUUGUCCAUCGUUCGCCAUUACUUCGUUGCAUCAUUCAACUCCACUCACUUUCAUUGUGCGUGAUUGAGUAUAAAGAUUGUUCAACUUCGACUGUAUUGAAGCAAAUUAUUUUAAAAUGGCACCAAACAAAGCCGAUAAAUACGCAAAAUUGAAACAAUUUAUCUGGACAUACCGCGACCUGCCAACUCUGUGGAAUACAAAAUCAAAGGAGUACUUUGAUAAAGCGAAAAAAAUAGAUGCUUACGAUACACUACUCAAAAUUUAUCAGGAGAUUGAGGCGGACGCAACAGUUGAAGACGUUAAGAAAAAAAUUAACGUUCUUCGGACAAAUUAUCGACGAGAAAUCAAAAAGAAACUUUAUAUAGAGAGUAUUGGUCAAACAUUUUAUCCUUCAUGGGCAUUUCAUGAGUUUAAAUUUCUUGAUGACUAUUAUGAACAGGUCAAUAAAAGUGUAACAACUCUCUCACCAAAAAUGAAGGAUGAAUUUAUCUGGGAACUAAAAUAUGAUAAUAAAAAUAAUACAACCGCCUAUACAGAACCUCCUAAAGCAGAAAUACAUGGAAUAGAAGAUGAAGAACCAGAUGAACAGGAGGAAGAAGAUGAAGAUGAAGAUAUACCACAAACCAUAAUUCAUUCCUCAAAUCCCGCAAAAAAGUUUAAACUAUCACGGACUUAUGAACAACUUCAACCACACGAUUACCUGCGAUUAGAGGAAACUGAAGAAAGUAUAACGGCUAAAAACUGGAGUAAUAAGUUAGCGCGUAUGAAACCGGAUCAAAAAAUUUGGGCUGAAAAGUUUAUUAAUGAUAUCUUAACGGAGGGCGAACUUGGGACGCUACAUCGCCAUUUUCUAACGGUAUCACCCACGACUUCCCAGGUGGAAGGAAUUGAAUAAAUGUAUACAAACAUAUAGUAAAAAUAUAAAAUGCAAUGCAAUCAAAUUUACGAAUUUACAAACAAUAAUCAAGGAAAUGAUUACAAGUGGGAUUCACUGACAAGGUUGAUAAUCUCUAGUUGAUUAGAGAUUAAACUCAUUAUUUAAUACUCUAGAAUUAAGUAUCAAAGCAAUAAAGUUGUAUUUUUUUAUUAUGGGUGUGAAGCCGAACUAUGAGUAAUAAAAAAAAAAUAAGUCCA